GGCAGCGAGCGGAGAUGGAGACGAUUCGCUAUACCCGAUCGCGGUUUUAAUCGACGAGCUCCGCAAUGAGGACGUGCAGCUCCGUCUCAACAGCAUUAAGAAGUUAUCAACAAUUGCUCUAGCACUUGGAGUAGAAAGGACACGAACUGAGCUGCUACCAUUCCUUACGGAUACAAUUUAUGAUGAAGAUGAGGUACUGUUGGCUCUUGCUGAGCAGCUGGGAAAUUUCACCGGCCUGGUGGGAGGUCCCGACUUUGCCCACUGUUUGCUGCCUCCUUUGGAAAGUCUGGCGACGGUGGAAGAGACUGUGGUUCGAGACAAGGCUGUGGAGUCCCUGAGGCAGAUCUCCCAGGAGCAUACUCCUGUUGCUCUGGAAGCUCAUUUUGUACCUCUGGUGAAACGCCUAGCGAGUGGAGAUUGGUUCACUUCUAGAACAUCUGCAUGUGGUUUGUUCAGCGUUUGCUAUCCCAGGGCUUCCAGUGCUGUCAAAGCAGAAAUAAGACAGCACUUCCGUUCCUUGUGCUCGGAUGACACACCAAUGGUACGACGUGCUGCUGCUUCCAAAUUGGGCGAAUUUGCGAAGGUUUUAGAAUUAGACAGUGUGAAAAGUGAAAUCGUUCCAUUGUUUACUAAUCUAGCUUCAGAUGAACAGGAUUCAGUGCGCCUCCUUGCUGUGGAAGCUUGUGUCAGUAUUGCCCAGUUACUGUCUCAGGAUGACCUUGAGGUUUUGGUGAUGCCAACACUUCGACAAGCUGCGGAAGAUAAAUCUUGGCGAGUUCGGUAUAUGGUAGCCGACAAAUUUUCAGAGCUCCAGAAAGCUGUGGGCCCUAAAAUCACCCAGAAUGACCUCAUCCCUGCCUUUCAGAACCUACUUAAAGACUGUGAAGCUGAAGUCCGAGCAGCUGCUGCCCACAAAGUGAAAGAUCUUUGUGAGAACUUGCCCAUUGAAGGUAGAGAGACCAUAAUUAUGAAUCAAGUUCUGCCCUAUAUAAAGGAAUUAGUAUCUGAUACAAAUCAACAUGUCAAAUCGGCUCUAGCUUCUGUGAUUAUGGGAUUGUCUACUAUUUUGGGCAAAGAGAACACCAUUGAACAUCUUCUGCCUCUUUUUUUAGCUCAGUUAAAGGAUGAGUGUCCUGAAGUUCGUUUGAAUAUCAUCUCCAAUUUGGACUGUGUAAAUGAAGUGAUUGGAAUCCGCCAGCUCUCUCAGUCUCUCCUUCCUGCCAUAGUGGAGCUGGCUGAAGAUGCCAAGUGGAGGGUCCGGCUGGCCAUCAUUGAGUACAUGCCACUGCUGGCAGGCCAGCUGGGUGUGGAAUUCUUUGAUGAAAAGCUGAAUGCUUUAUGUAUGGCCUGGCUUGUGGACCACGUGUAUGCCAUUCGUGAAGCUGCUACCAACAACCUCAUGAAACUAGUUCAGAAGUUUGGUACAGAGUGGGCCCAAAAUACCAUCGUUCCCAAAGUGUUAGUAAUGGCAAACGAUCCUAAUUAUUUGCAUAGAAUGACCACUUUAUUCUGCAUUAAUGUACUGUCUGAAGCCUGUGGUCAGGAAAUAACCACUAAGCAGAUGCUGCCCAUUGUAUUGAAAAUGGCAGGAGACCAAGUGGCGAACGUCCGUUUCAAUGUGGCCAAAUCUCUACAGAAAAUUGGACCAAUUCUAGAUACCGAUGCUUUGCAGGAGGAAGUUAAGCCGGUACUGCAGAAGUUAGGCCAAGAUGAAGACAUGGAUGUCAAGUACUUCGCACAGGAAGCUAUAAGUGUGCUUGCGUUGGCAUGAUGAGGAACAGGAGGGAAAAGACUUUACUAAAUUCUUAUCACAGAUUUCUAGUCAAUGUAUUCUUAAACUGGGUGGAGAAAAAAUGGAAAACCUUCAAGACCUCAUCCAAGCAAAUGGCAACAACUUCCAAGAAAUCAAAUUUCAGUGACUUGAUUCUUUCUAAAGAUGAAAUGGGAUUGUCUUUACUUGUCUUCCUUGUUGGGAUAAUUAUAAACCAUUCUUUUUGUUUGUGACCAGUUCCUGACACUUGGUACAGUCAUUUCUUGAUUGUCUCCAGGGAUUUAUUCGGCACCAUCUGGGCUCCUGCACCCUCGCUGCUCCAUCAGGCCCCUGGCCACUUACUAUCCUGACCAAGCCUGGAUGGGUUGGGACCCAGACAUGCAGUGGAGUGAUUCUCUUGGUGUCUACUUAUAUCUCUGUGUCUCUCCAGCAUUCCAAAGUUAAAUGUACAUGGUUUGGAAUAACUUAUUUUAUAAAACCUCUGUUUGGGAGACACAUUGAGAUUUAACUAGUGAAAGCCACGUUUUCCUGGAUAAUGAUGGUUUGCAUCAGUGUCUUACAUGAAAGGGGAAUGUGGAAGCUCACAGUUCGUGUGCUGUUUGUUCUGGUUUUUAUUUGCUUGAUUUUGACUGUAAUCAUGCCACUCAGAAACCUGACAUGCAGAUGUAUUGCUGCUAAUGUGUGAUGUUAAAACCUAACAAUUUCCAUGGCUUAUACCACUGUUACUGCAUUAAAAAAUACUUUCUCUUUCUCUCUCUCUCUCUCCUUGCUGAGAAACUUAAAAUUUAGUGCCUCCUAAAAAGCAGUAGUUCUACUGUGUCAUUGUAAGAUUGCAGUUUUGUAAUUCUAAUGAGAAAAGGAACCACUGGUAUAGUACUGUGAUGAUUUCCUGCUCUUAACCUCAUUCUGCUUCCAGCUGUGUUAACAUCUGGUCCUUGCUACGUUGUGCAGUAAUGGCUUUCCAAACUGAAGUUUCAUUACUACUUUUUUGGUAUGGGUGAUGCUGGAAUCAUCAUUUGAAAACUUUUUCUGCUUUUACAGUAAAACCUCAUUAAUUCUCCUGGAACUUAAGAUAAUGAGUUAAGAUGAAGGAAGAGUUUCCUGGAACAAAUUAAUAGUUUGUAAGGAAGCCUGUAGGGUCUGACCUACUUAAACUAUUUUAAAGCUCUCUUUAAAAAGCACCCUUUUACCAGUUGGUACGCCAAUUACUAAUCACUCUUUUUCAAUUACAUUAAAAUGCUUUUCAUGAGGAUUUUUAUGAGGCCACACUUUUUUUAGAUAUAUUCAUUUAGAUUUUAUCCCUGAAAUAUAUACAUUUUUAUUUCAUGGGUAAUUUAAAUAUUUUUCCAUUUAAAAUAAUUUACAUUGUCACCUAUUCAAACUUGCCUUGUCCCUAAUGAAUUUUAAUUAAUGAAGUUUUAUUGUAGCUUAUUUUUCUCAGUGCAUCUUGCUAUGUAGUUUGCUUGUUUCCAUUUUGGUUUUGGAAUUAUUUUAUUCACAACCUCUUUUAAACCCAGUGAGCCCUAUUCUGUAUUUUGAAAACCAAGUUUGAGCAAAUUACUUCCAAGUUUGUCUUACCGUAGAAAAAAAGAACAUUUUUAAUAAAAAAUUGCCUGUCUUUAAAA